CUUCAUCAGCCUCGCUCCCCAUCGAAGCAUUACCAGUAUUUUAUCUACCGUGUGACUCCUGCCAUUUGGAGCGACAAUAGCAACAUGAGUUUCCACGUUUCUGCUGUUGAGUACGAGCUCGAGGAUGGCCACAUUCUGAAGGCCGUUCUUACGGAUGAUGAAGGGAAUGAGAAGACAUCUCAGCUGGAUCUGAACACUAUCAUUGACAACGACAAUGGCUCCUUCGCAUGGAAGGACUCCAAAUAUUCCGAUAGCGCAAACGAUGUCAAGCUCUCGAAAGAAGGAGACGAUGAGGUUCCUGUGCUGAGAGCCCGGCUGCUAAACGUUGAUGGCGAGGAAGUCGAUGCGGACAUCAACCUGGCGGAGCGAAUCACGAAUGAUAAUGGGGUUCUCAGGUUCAACUAG